AUGGGGAAACGAACAAAUAGCGUUACUGUAAGCAUAAGCACGCGGACAAGCGUCACACAGUACGGAAGCAGUUGCUUUAGUGAAGUGGCUUUGCCCAUCUGUAACACAAAACAAGAAAAGAUCCCUCGUCUUUAUCCUGUGUUUGCUAUUGAUACAGAUGACGGCUGUAAUGUUUUGAGAAAAUGUCCCUCAUCUACAGACACUCCUUCGAAAACACCUGUAUUCACAACUACUACGGCUUCUAAGAAUGUUACGCCUGUUAAAUUAGAUAAAAAUCUUAAAACUAUUUGCAAGGCUGCAGUACACUCAGAUGUUCAGGAAUUUGUGGUGAAGUGGAAAGGUUUAACCCCUAAACAGAUAGAUGGGAAUUUGAUCCCUUUUAAAAUUCACUACCAGUUGCAACUAGUGGUAUUAGAGGAACGUAGAAAUCGACGCAUGGUGGCAAAUGAAGAAUUCACGGGUCGUUUAGAACUGUACAUAAAGUGCCGGUAUACUUCACCUCUUCGUGAGAAAUUACUUAACUGUGGGGAAUUGAAUGCAAUUUCUGAUCGAAUGCAUGCCAUGUAUUUCCGUAAACGUCAUUCUCCCAGUGUGACGUCCAUGUCUUUAACUCGUUUUCAGAGUUUAAAGGAUGACCCUCUUCAUACACCUUCCACUUGUUUUCCUUCAAACGAUUUGACCCCAUGGACUGGAGAUUCUCAAAUAACGUAUACCUUAAAGAGUGAUAAUGAAUCACCUUCUAGAACAUUUGUACCUUUGAUGGGAACCAUUAAACAUGAAAGGCCUCAUAAAGAGACAAACGAUGACCUGUUGGACGAUAGCAAAACAGAAGACGAAAGCAAAGGAACCUCCUUGAAUGAUACUCCUGGUAAGGAAACAGUAAUGACGGUUACCCGUUGCUUAAAUACAUCUGGAAUAACAGGUCAGAGUCCAGUUUCUGAUACUUCAGCAAAUAAAAAAGAAUGUGAUACCGAUAGUCUUGCACGUUCGCUCAUGGGAAGCUCAAUAGGUAGUGAUGAUGACUCAUUAGCGAACCCACUCACUAUAGAGAUGCCCGUUGUUGAUGAUGGUGAUGAUUCACUGAGUCGUUCUCUACUAAAUGAAACAACAGCUGGUUUUUUAACACCUAUUGAAGAUAUUGAUGAUGAUGAGAAAGAGAAAGAAACAGAGAAAGAGAAAUAA